AUGUCACCCGGUCACCAUGAAGGGAAUAAUUCCCCCUAUAAUGACGAUCAGCCGCCAAAGCGGACUGUCAAUGGCCUCCCAUUUCCCGAGAAGAAGAGAUCAAUUGAUGAACAUGGGUACGAGUGUACAAAACAUGCACUUCGAUUCCGUGGAGAUGACUGGGAUAUCGUACUUAAUAACAAACGUGAUGAACUCACACCAGCGUUUACCAGUGAGGCUGCUACAGCUACAGGGGAACCAGAAGGCAAUAUUCGAAAUAUUCGGUAUUUUUUGGAUGAGAAACACCGACUACUGGUGAAAUUUGAUGUACGGCAUCGGGCACAAACACCAAGUUCAGUUGUACAAGAUCGCCUUGCCACUUAUCCGUAUAAAGCAGUAAUGGCAUUGUAUGAACCACGUAGUAAAAAACCUCGACCACACGGUUAUCAGACAAGGCAAACAACGACCAGUUCAUCAUUUGUAUUCAACCGACGACCACAUCCAUGCGUGAGUUCAUAUGGACAUUGUGCCGCUGAUGUUGGCCCAAAUGGUCCAGAAUUCCGUGAUGAAAGAGAGGAAGAAGAGCCAGUUGAGAUUGAACCAGAGCAGAGGCCUCUGCCAGUGGUUCUCCCAUAUGCGUAG